CCAUGACAGCCUUGUUAUUGUUGUAGCGCUAAUGUGAGUACAUCACCAAAGCACUAGAAGAGUGAUGAGGCUUAUAUCAUAAAUGUAGCUGGUAGUUGUGUCAUAUUGGGUGUCUUGCUGAGUUGGUAUUAAGUAAUUUGUGCACUAAUGAAGCUAGAUAUUUGUCAAGUGUUAUUAUGUCUGUAAAGUGGUGGUUCAUGUAGCACUUAGCUAACGUCAGCUAGGUAGUCAGCCCGAGAUUCUGCACGACUGUAACCAGCUAUGAUAUCUAGCUAACGUUAGCUUGCUAAUAGCCCAUGGUGGAUUUCAAGCUCUCAGAGUAAGAUUGGCACUUGCAGUUUGUUUUUGAAAACAUAGUUGUCAGUGUUGUCAGCAAGCGUGUUAGAACAGAAAUCCUGGAAAAAUGACAGAUCCCCGGCAGAGGAGACAGCUAGCUCGGGGAGAAGCAAGGUUAACGCUAGGGAGUUCGAAGAAAGAAGACCUGCAGGCGGUGAUGGGCCUGUAAACACAUCAGCUGGGAGAAUGAUUUCGCGAUACACUAGAAGGCCCGUAUCGCAUAAUUUACAGAUCCGAGGCUUGUCCCGGAGCAGUUUGGACCAUCACCCCCCACCUGAGGAGGCAGAGGAUGAUGAUUACCUGCCUCAGCCUCUGUUACACGACCUGCAAGAAGCUGUUUCCACAUACAACAGCUCUGAGACUUCUGUGGUGUCGGAGAGAUCAGGCUGUCAGACGGUCGCCACGGGUGACACGAACCGCUCUUGGUCUGGAAUUCACAGCUACACAGGAACCGGCAUCUCAACAGAACGCAGCUCUGUCUUCUCCUGGGGUUAUGAUGAGUUUGAUAAGGCAGCCUCGCGACAGGUGCAGCAGAUGUUUGAGGAGAUCGAUGAGCAGCUUUAUGAGGGGAGGGGAGGGGCUCAGCACCGGGGCCUGCAGGAGGAAUGCCAGCAGUGGGCCUUCAGAUUCCCUCACCUCCGGAUCCUGGGUAUGCAGCUGGUCUGCCCCACUGAUGAUGGUUUCCAGUGGUACGCCACAUCGGGAGAGGCGGGUGAUCUGGGCUCUCCAGCAAGCAGAGACAUGAAGGAGAAGCCAAGCGCAGAGCUGUGUGUACAGGGGCGAAAGGCUGUCCUGAGUAGAUCCUAUGUUGAAGUGGAGCCCUCUUCAGAGUGCCCUGCAGGCGCCCAGGGAGACGAGCCACCCAGAGUGAUCGAAGCCGAGGGGCUGAUGGAGGAAUACCUUGCCUUCGACUGCAGAGACCUAGAUGAGGAGUUGGAGCGUGAGUGCACGGGCACUAGACGCAGGUACUGCUUGCCUCCGGUCUCUCCGUACCGCUGCCGUAGGGAGGCAGCGCUGGACCUGCUGUUCGACGACGUGUGGCGCGAGCUGAUUGGCUGGAUGGAGGAGCUGGUGCGCAGGCAUUGGGAGGGAUGUGUGUCAGAUGAUGAGAAGACAGCUGGAGCCCUGAGCCCUGCGCAGCCGGACUCCCAGAAUCCCUUUCUGCUCUUGACGACCCUGCCCUCGGUGCUCCCGCGUCUGGGCCAGAGCCGUGUCCCCCAGCUGACGGCCAGCCUGCAUCCCCAGUCCAGUCGGGUCCCAGUUGGAGCUGCAGCUACCCAUAGCAACCUGAACGACCUCAUCAUGAUCCAUGGUAUUCCUCUCCAGCAGAGGAAUGUGGGAUUUCUGGACAGAGUUGCACAAGAGUGUGAGGAGCGAGUGUAUCACAGGCCCGGCUCCAGCGCCAUGCCCUCGGGCAAACCCCGCGCCCGCCGCCCGCUGGAGCAGAGCUCCUCCUCCCUGACCCGCCCGCCGCAGUCGGCCCGCCGUCGGAACCCUCCCCCGCGGACCCUCAUGCCACUGGCGCCCAGCCUGACCCAGUCCAGCGCAGCGGGCUCCAUGGACGAGGUCAUCCGCGGGACACGGCUGACCACAGCCAGCGACAGGCUCACCUCUCCCCCAAUGCCACUGAGCAGAAACACCCUCCUUCCCCCUAUAGCCACCGGAGAGGUCGAGCACUGCCACCCAGGAAUACACACGCGACACGCACAGAAACAGAGGGGCUGCUCUAGUCGGGCCCACAGUGCUGUCAUUGAUGAAGCGGGCAACAUGCCCCCCCGAGACAGACUGCACUACCUGGACUUCUUCUCGAGGCCCAACACCACACACACUUUCAGGUCAGACACUCCGUACCGCCGCUCCUUCACGGUUCUGGAUAACAGCGGGCAGCAGGGACGACCCGGCAGGGCAUCGGUUGGCACAGACUCCCUUGGCAUUGGUGUGACGGGCAUCAGCCUGGGCAUAAGCAGCUCCUCCUUCCUGGACUCCUUCACCCAUCAUCCCCUCAGCCACUCCCCCAUUGAGGAUGAGGAAGAGCCCGUCUCUCACCCCCCACCCCCAGCACUGCUGGUCCCAGGGUCUGGCCCCGCACGUUCUCAUGGCCGAGGUGGGGUAGCAGCUCGCAGCAGCAGACCUGGACUUUAACACACACACACACCUGAUCUGCCUCACAGUGGGCGAGACACUUUAUACAGCUGCAGGAUUUUUUUUAUAACCCGACAUUUGGGGGAUUUUAUUUAUUCAAUGUGGUUAUUGUUGAUGUUUUUUAGAGUCCUAUUUUUGUAUGUCAAACUUUUCAGCUGAACAUGGCUGCCAAAGACAGUAAACUGUCUAACAACAACUGCACCUCUCUGGAUGAGUGAAUGGGUGUAUGAGAAAUCCUCCCUGUAUACGGCACUUUGUUUUCUUCAGGUUUUUUUUUUCUUUCCAUGUUGGUAUGUAUGUAUGGACUCGCGCCUUUGUCUGCCCAUGGCUGCUCUGUGCAGGCGUUUCAACAGGGGUACGAAAACGUUGUCUGUUAGCACCCUUACGUUAUAGGUGCGCCAUAGAGCGUUUAGCAUUUUUGUUCUUCUUGAAAGGGUCACCCAGUUCUUUUCAGUGUACAACAAUAAGCACAAAACAUCAUUGGAAUUGCACAUGUUGAAAGACCUUACCAGUAAAAAAAAAAAAAUAGCUUGAGUGCUAAGUACAGUGGGAAAAGUGGUCUCUUUUUUUUUUCUUCCUUUAUCUUCAGAAAAGCCUUUUGUGAUUUGAGCCUUAGUUCACAGAAGCCAUACAGGACAUGGGAGGGAACGGUGUGUGUGUACAUUAGAACUCCCUUAGACUGCAUCACAAAGAACAGGGAGAAAAUGCAGUCAUUGUUGCAGGUAAACCAGCCUGGCUUACUAGAACUUUCUCUGGAGUCUUGCUGUGUUGUAAGUGUGGCUUACGUUGGAUUUGCCACUCAUGUUUCAGUUGUAGCAGGUGUCGUGGCUAAUUGAAUGCUUCUUCCUAACUAAUUAAAGUCAGGUUUACUUGAGUAUUAAUGCUCCAGGCUAGUAGUGCUCUUUAAAAGGGGCCCGUGUCGGGACCACGGAGCUGCAAACAUGUAGCCCAACAUCACAGUACUGUAAACUAGCACGAGGGCCAUGUUGGAACCGUACUCGUCAGACAAAACCAGGUUAAGGCGUGAACCAGCCAUUCUGAUUCUAUGGUCAAAGCCAUGGAGCCGAACAUGCCCCCAAUCCCUGUUAGAUAACCAUGCAAAGACAAUAAAAAAAAACAAUCCUUAUGAUGUAGCACUGUUAGGUGUCAGGCUCCCAAGGAUGUUUACCCUUGUGUAUUUUGUAUAAAAAAAAAUAAAAAAUAAAGAGAUGGAUAACAAAGA